AAACAAUCCGUGCCGUUCCGCGCGCCGCGGCUGCAGAUCAACGCGGAGCCCGACCCGGUGUCCACACGCAGAGCUCAGCCUUUACCUGAGGAUGGAGGGACGUCCGACGAGCACGCCCGCGGCCCGGUGAAUCACCGAGCCGGACCAAACGCUCAGAAUUCAGGCGGGAAUCGGCUGGAACCGCGCGUCGCGAGUGACCUGUCAUGGGUGUCACGGUGCUCCUGGGCAGGUAGCCCCGCUAGCCGCUCAGCUAGUCGCACAGCGGGAAGCUAGCUUAGGAAGCUAGCAGCGGCCGCCAGCAACUAGCCCGGUGACUAACCAGCAAGUUGUUUAGGUUGAAGUGCCGGAGAACAGCUCAGCAUGGCUCCGUCUCUCCCUGCAAGCGAUAAACUGUCCUUGUGAACGAUCAUAAACGCCCCCCCCCCCCCUUUUUUUUUCUUUCUUUCUUCCCCUUAUUGUCCUCAAGGAGAAACUAGUGGCUGCUGGUGCUGCAAGGUUGACUGACAUCUCGUCGCUACGGGUUUUCCAGAUGUGGAGCCGGCGUGAAAAGUGCAGCUAGGCUCUAAGUUAGCCGACCACAGCCGCAAGACUGGCUGCUGACCAGGAAUGGCUGGCUGGACCCCCCCCCCAAAAAAAAACAAACAACGAACCCCUCAACUCAACAAGCUGCAUCGACGAGCGGUGAAUUUCAUUUCGGCGGCGAGGUGUCACGUUGAGAGCCGGGCCAGCUAACUGAAGUUACCGAGAGGAUUCAGCCGCGACCAAAAAAAAAAAAACAGAAAAAGAGCCGGGCCGAACCAGCGCACGCCAGGAGAGUUGUCACGGUCCAGGGGAAGAUGAAGAGGUCCGAAAAUAAAAACAAGAGGAAACUCUGCAACAUGGAGCAGCAGGAGGGCGGCGGGGAGGAGAAAGACGCGAAGGAGUUUGCAGCUCCCCCUCCUCUCCUCUUCAGGAAGCUGAGUAACCCCGACCUGUCGCCCGCAGCAACGGCUGCUACAAAAUCCAAACUGCACCGCCAGCUUAGCCAGGACGAGAGCCGGGCCCGACGCAGCAGCAUGGCUAUGACCGGUAAGCAGCUGCUGCCUCUGUCCAGCAGUCUGCACGCCGGGGUGAGUCAGCUGGCCUGGCAGGGGCCCCCUGGAGGCUUGGGAGGCCCCGGGGCCGUCGGGGGAGCAUCCGCGGGAGGAGGAGAGGUCAACAACCUGGUCCGUAUGAGGAGCCAGACCCUGGGACAGUCUGCUCCAUCACUCACCGGACUGAAGGAGCUGAGCCUUCCCAGGAGAGGCAGUUUCUGUCGGACGAGCAACAGGAAGAGCCUGAUCGUGACGUCCAGCACCUCCCCCACCCUGCCACGGCCACACUCACCUCUGCACGGACACACAGGUACCAGCCCACUGGACAGCCCCCGCAACUUCUCCCCCAACACAGCUGCACACUUCUCCUUUGUUCCUGCGCGCAGUCACGGACACAGGGCUGACAGGACGGAUGGUAGACGCUGGUCUCUGGCCUCGUUGCCUUCCUCUGGCUAUGGCACCAACACUCCCAGCUCCACCGUCUCGUCCUCCUGUUCAUCUCAGGAGAAGCUGCACCAGCUGCCCUUCCAGCCCACACCGGACGAGCUGCACUUCCUCACCAAACACUUCAGCUCAGAGAGCAUCACGGACGAGGAGGGACGCCGCUCGCCGGCCAUGAGACCGCGAUCCCGCAGCCUCAGCCCCGGGCGCUCGCCCGUCUCCUUUGACCAUGAGAUCGUGAUGAUGAACCAUGUGUACAAGGAGAGGUUCCCCAAGGCGACGGCUCAAAUGGAGGAGCGUCUGGCUGAGCUGCUGUCCUCCUCGGCCCCGGAUAAGGUGUGCCCGCUGGCCGACGGGGUCCUGAGCUUCAUCCACCAUCAGCUUAUAGAGCUGUCCAGGGACUGCCUGGAGAAAAGCAGAGACGGCCUCAUCACAUCCCGCUACUUCUACGAGCUCCAGGAGAACCUGGAGAAGCUGCUGCAAGAUGCUCAUGAGCGCUCAGAGAGCGUGGAGGUUACCUUCGUCACGCAGCUCGUCAAGAAGCUGAUGAUCAUCAUCGCCCGGCCUGCGCGGCUGCUGGAGUGUCUGGAGUUUGAUCCUGAGGAGUUCUACCACUUGUUGGAAGCAGCAGAGGGCCAUGCCAAGGAAGGCCAGGGCAUCAAGUCCGACAUCCCCAGAUACAUCAUCAGCCAGCUGGGCCUCACCAGGGACCCCCUGGAGGAAAUGGCCCAGCUGAGCAGCUAUGACAGCGGGAACCCAGAAACCCCGGAGACGGAUGACUCGGUGGAUAGUCGAGGAACCACAGUCCCAGCAGCACCACCACAGACGAAAACCAAAACACCCAGAGAGGAAGACUUUGAAAACAUCAAGCUCAUCAGUAACGGAGCCUAUGGUGCGGUGUUUCUGGUGCGUCACAAGGAGACCCGGCAGCGUUUCGCCAUGAAGAAGAUCAACAAGCAGAACCUGAUCCUGAGGAACCAGAUCCAGCAGGCCUUCGUGGAAAGAGACAUCCUGACGUUCGCCGAAAACCCGUUUGUUGUCUCCAUGUUCUGCUCUUUUGAGACUAGGAGGCACCUCUGCAUGGUGAUGGAGUAUGUGGAGGGUGGAGACUGUGCCACGCUGCUGAAGAAUAUCGGGGCUUUGCCGGUCGAUAUGGCUCGUAUGUACUUCGCAGAGACCGUCCUCGCAUUGGAGUAUCUACACAACUAUGGCAUCGUACACAGAGAUCUCAAACCUGACAAUCUUCUCAUCACAUCCAUGGGACACAUUAAGCUGACAGACUUCGGUCUCUCAAAGAUCGGUUUGAUGAGUUUGACCACAAACCUGUAUGAAGGACACAUAGAGAAAGACACCAGAGAGUUCCUCGAUAAACAGGUGUGUGGCACUCCAGAGUACAUCGCCCCAGAGGUCAUUCUGCGUCAGGGCUAUGGGAAGCCGGUGGACUGGUGGGCGAUGGGAGUCAUCCUGUACGAGUUCCUGGUGGGCUGCGCUCCGUUCUUCGGAGACACACCGGAGGAGCUGUUCGGUCAGGUCAUCAGUGAUGAGAUCAUCUGGCCAGAGGAAGACGAAGCUCUGCCUCAGGAGGCUCAGGACCUCAUCUCCAAACUGCUGAGACAAAACCCACUGGAGAGACUGGGCACAGGAAGUGCCUUUGAGGUGAAGCAGCACUCUUUCUUCACGGAGCUGGACUGGAACGGCCUGCUGAGACAGAAAGCCGAGUUCAUCCCGCAGCUGGAGUCUGAGGACGACACCAGUUACUUUGACACUCGUUCCGAUCGGUACCACCACGUGGAUUCAGAGGAGGAAGACGACACCAACGAUGACGAACACGUGGAGAUUCGUCAGUUCUCAUCCUGCUCGCCUCGCUUCAGCAAGGUGUACAGCAGUAUGGAGCGUCUGUCUCUGCACGAGGAGAAGAGGACUCCUCCUCCCACCAAACGCAGCCUCAGUGAGGAGGGAGGAGAUCGUAUCGACAGCCUGAGUGGACUCAAGUCCAGAGAUCGGUCCUGGCUGGUGGGAUCUCCAGAGAUCCUGCGGAAGCGUCUGUCUGUUUCGGAGUCGUCCCACACGGAGAGCGACUCCAGCCCGCCCCUGACCGUCCGGAGGCGCUGCUGCUCCGCCAUCAUCGAGAUGCCGCGCUUCGCCAUCUCCGCUGAGGAGGAGGGAGGUCAAGGCCAAGGUGCCGCUGGAAGUCGUAAGAGUCCCAGCCUGCUGGGUCCGAGUGCAGUGAGGGGCCCGCGGAGUGACGAGCUGCCCCUCGCCAUCCCAGAACUCCCAGUGGAGAGAGAGCUGAAGCUGGACGAGUCUCCCACCACCCCGAGCUCCACGUCCAGUCAGUUGAGCAAGGCCACGCUCACACCGGGCAGCUCAGGCGACGUGUGUGAACGUGGUAAUGGAGGUAGCGGCAGCAAUGGCGCCGCCAGAGGUGCUGCCAAAGGUGCGGCAGACGGCGACUCUCCGGCGACUCCGAAAGCCAUCAGCGACCUGGCGGCUCGCAGGGCUCGCCACCGGCUGCUGUCUGGAGACGCAGACAAACACGCGGCCCCGAGCUCCAGGCCACUCAACAAGGUCAUCAAGUCGGCCUCCGCAACCACGCUGUCACUGAUGAUCCCUGCAGACCACCACGGAGCCUCCCCAUUGGCCAGCCCGAUGUCACCCCACUCACUGUCGUCCAAUCCGUCUUCACGAGACUCCUCUCCGAGCCGGGACCUGUCCCCGGCUGUGAGCAGCGUCAAACCCGCCAUCGUGAUCCACAGAGCGGGCAAGAAGUACGGCUUCACGCUGAGAGCCAUCAGGGUCUACAUGGGAGACUCUGACAUCUACACUGUGCAUCACAUGGUCUGGCAUGUGGAGGAGGGAGGUCCGGCCCAUGAGGCGGGGCUGAGGGAGGGAGACCUCAUCACGCACGUCAACGGAGAGCCGGUCCAUGGCCUGGUUCACACCGAGGUGGUGGAGCUCAUACUGAAGAGCGGCGCUAAAGUGUCCAUCUCUGCCACCCCGUUUGAGAACACGUCCAUCAAAGUCGGCCCCGCCCGAAAGACGAGCCACAAAUCCAAAAUGGCGAGACGCAACAAGAAGACCAAGAACAAGGAGGGGCAGGACAGUAAAAAGAGAACGUCUCUGUUUAGGAAGAUCACCAAGCAGGCGUCUCUCCUCCACACCAGCCGCAGUCUGUCCUCUUUAAACCGCUCCCUGUCCUCCGGGGAGAGCGGCCCCGGCUCACCAACACACAACCUGUCACCGCGGAGCCCGACGCAGGGCUACAGGUCCACGCCAGACUCCGCCCACUCAGUCGGUGGAAAUUCGUCCCAGAGCAGCUCCCCCAGCUCCAGCGUCCCAAACUCCCCGGCGAGCUCCGGCCACAUCCGGCCCAGCUCUCUGCACGGCCUCGCCCCGAAGCUCCAGCGCCAGUACCGCUCUCCCCGACGCAAGUCUGCCGGCAACAUCCCCCUCUCCCCUCUGGCACGCACACCUUCACCCACACCUCAGAGCAGCUCGCCACAGCGCUCUCCCUCCCCGCUGCCCAGCCACGGUCUGGGACAGUCCGCCGUGGGACAGUCAUUCCCUGUGAAGCUCCACUCCUCCCCUCCCCUGGUGAGGCAGAUAUCCAGACCCAAGAGCGCCGAGCCUCCACGCUCCCCGCUCCUCAAGAGGGUGCAGUCAGCUGAGAAACUGGCCGCCUCCCUCUCUAGCUCCCCCUCGUCUCCCUCCGGGGUGGCAGCGGCGGGGGAGAAGAAGCUGGCAGUGGGAGCGGCUGUAGGGAGUCGUAAACACAGUCUAGACAUCUCCCACUCUGAGUUUAAGAAGGAGAUUCUGCAGAGGGAGCCGAGCCUACAGAGCCUUCAGGAGUCGGCCAGCGAGGGUCUGCUGUCCUCAGCAGGACGGGGCGUAGAGAAGGGCAGCCUGCAGAAACACUCCUCCUCAUCUAGGAAGUUAGGACGCCAGGAAGGGGACGGUGCCCUUAUCCCAGUGUCCGGCUCGCUGGGCCUGGCCCCCGGGAAGAGCAAACUGAAGGACAAGCUGUCGGCCAUCCGCCAGGACAGAGCCGAGCGGAGGGAAUCGCUGCAGAAGCAAGACGCCAUACACGAGGUCGAUUCAUCUGAGGACGAGACAGAUGAGGGCUCGGAGGACAGCCAGGACGGACGCAGGGGGACGACCUUCACCCCUCCCCCCCUGCUGAGGCCCACCACUGUGAGAACAGGCCCUGGAGGCACCCUGCCGUCCCUCUGCCUCCCCUGCACCCCUCACGCUACCUUCACCCACACAGGGCCCUCACAGGUAGGAAGGCCCACUCCCUCGCACACCCUCCCUUCCGUUACAGAGACGAAGCCCGAUCAGAGUACCUCCUCCCCUGGACUAAAAGACGGAAGCUGUGCCUCAUCCACAGAAGACGGCGUAAGACAAGAGGGGAAAGUUCUGGAGCAGAGCGGUACCACAAAAUCCACUCAGGGCCCCCUUCCCUUCUCCACUCCAGGCAGUGCGUUCAUCUCAGUCGGCAAGGACACUUUCCUCAAGCCGGCUCCUCCACAAGACUCCAAGACUCUCAGGGGGAAGUCUAGUCCGUCAGAGACCAGGGCUGAAGACCGAACCCCGUACAGCCCUAGAACCACGAUCCCAUCUACCGCAAUCGCUACAAGCUCUCCUGACUACAGAACAAGCACGAAUGCCACAGACUCCAGAACUACGACAAGUACUACAGACUGCCAAACCACUGACGCCCAAGAGAGUCCCCGCACCUCCUGCUCCUCUCCAGGCAUCCCCAAGGAGAAGAAAGAGGCUGACAACCGCAGACUCUGUGCAGCCGCCGCCGCUGCAACUCUGAGUGCAUCGUCACCAUCCACCUCUAGCUCCAACUCAAGUUCAAGCUCCCCAGUUCUGCCCCCUGAGAGUGGUGUGGACAAAGUGGUGUCCCAGCUGGCGAUAGUAGCCAAGAGCGUUCUUGGUCCUGUCAAACUCAGCACAGCUGCAGACAAGAGCCAGAAGGACCAGAAACCAUCCAGAGGUGGCGUCCCAGAAGUCCCACCAACUGAUGCUCUCUCAGUUCCAUCCAAACAGCUUCCAACCCCUCAGUCGACUCACCUUUCGGAGUCCCCAACCUCACAGAAAACCGAGCGGGUUUCCUCACCAACCACCUCGCAGAGACCGGCCAAACCCUCACCGCAAAAAGACCACCCAGCCCCAGCGCCACCAUCCUGCAAGGACGUCCCAGAAAGGGCCACACCAGAGUCUGCAGGUAGGGAGACCGCCUCUGCAUCUGCACAGCGUCUGGGUGCCACAGCAGCUCAGCCCGCCCUUAUCGCCAGCCUCCCCAGCUCUGCAGCAUCUGAGCCACAGCGCAAGAGGUCCGAACCUCAGACGACAGCUGCCACCGGCAACGCCGUGUCCGCCUCCUCGCAACAAGACAAAGCAACCAGCAAGAAGACGUAGCAGCAAAACGCAGAGAACCAGAACGAAAUGUACAGAUCGCACCGCUCAGUGCUGGCUUGAGGUUUUAAAACUCACACAAACUGCAUGUUUGGGGAAAAAAAAAACAACAACAUAUUAGUAACUUCGCACUAACCAGAGAGUUAGACUUUCAAAGCAAAGAAAGUUGUAGAGAGAGACAGAGAGCUAUCUGAAGCAGAGACAGAUGUGGUAGUCCUAGUUCCAUUCCAGCUGUUCUGUGCUCUUUACGUUCGUGUGAGUUAUUAUUGUGUCCUGACGCUUUGGUUCCUGCUUUCAGACUAAAUUAACACCCCUAAACAUUAGGGGUCGGCGUUCUUUCUGUUUUUGCAAACAUGUAAGGGGCUAGAAAUAAGGAGCUCGGCGGUCCACGCACGUACAAUUUUCAAACGUAGCUACAUCGCACACAACUUUCUCACUCAUUUUCUUCUUCUGCUGCCUCAUUAACUUUCACCAGGAUUUUCAACAGAGCCUACAUGCAUGUUCCUCACAGUUCAGGACGUGCCUUACGGAACACACCACUUUCCUCUCCCCAUCCCUCCUUGCCCGACAACAUCUACUCAGCCUUGACUGGAAAAAGAUUGUAUCUCAGCAAUAAAGUCCAGCGUAUGUUUAGCAAUCAGUGUAAAUGCAUUAUCGUGUGUUUAAUAGGGGUAAAUCUGCACCGUCAAUGUACACUCAGCACCCAGCUAACUGGGCCAAAUUGAAUUCUCCUUUCGCUGUAGUCCCCGAUGAUCUGACUCUGCAGGUCUUGUGAAGGGGAGAUGUAUUCCCUGAGCAGAGACUCCAGGCAUGGUUCAGCGAUUUCAAGAGAUUCCUUUAGAGGCCGUUAUUGGAUUAGAUUGGGGUUUGUGUGCAUUUAUCAAACGAGAGAGACAGGGAAGGUGCGGUCAGGCGCAGAACUUAGACUGACUCUGCAGUUUAAAUCCAAAAACUUCACUAGGAAGAUGCAACUUUGACAACAGGUCUGACCUGCCCAGUGGCGGAUUAGCUAAUUCAAAGUUAGUUUCAGUUCUCUCCAAGUGGAUUUUCAGAUACUUGGAAGGCACUGACUGCCUGGAAAAUAGGGAAAACGUGAUCAUUAGCUAAGAUGCUAUAGGGUUGGGUUUCACUUGUUGGCUCCAUUUUUGGGACCUGGUCUCAGGUUGGAGAAUGCCCAGAUUUUCUAACAAAUCUCUCUCUACUCGUCCAUUUUUAUUAGCAAAGAGCGUCUAUGACUGUCGCCUUCACCAGUUAAUAAGACAAAUGUUGCCAGAGGGAGAUUACACAGUGUAUAAGCCAUAGCUAUUUAGUUUCCUCCAUACGCUGAAAGCCAAACCUAAAUGUGUUCCAUAAGGGAUUCGAAAAACUUUUGAUUCAAUACUGGAUUCAGAUUCGGUAAAUUCCUAUCGAGCCCCCCACCCCAGCAUCGUGUAGCAGAGUUAGCAAGGCUUAUUGCAUGUGUUUUAGUUCCAGACACACACGGAAAUGAAGCCAAGGAUCUAAAUAACUACCUGAUUUUAUUGGUUGCCUGCAGAAACCUACGAAAGCAGAAACAGCUUCUCUGCACUGACACUCAGUUGUAGCAAGGAUCCAAACAGACGGGGGUUAUUUUGGAAACACCGUCAAGCUUCUGCCGGACCGGCACCUUUUUAUUUCUAGCCCCGUCAGCCUCUGAAGGCUGCAGUAGUUUUAUUUGGUAUCUGGACCAACUUGCUGUGUUUUUUGCCUCUAAUCCUGUAAAGUUAUCGGACUUUACUUUGUAUACGUGUGUGUGAGGGAGAGAGCGUUUGUUAAUUUGUGCAUGGUUAUGUAUAUAUAUAAGAAUAUUUAAAGUUCUUUUGUGCACCUGUUUUAUACCCUGAGUGUUUGUGUGCGCGUGUGUGUGAGUGUGUGUUUUAGGGUUCACUUUGUUCAGGACACCCUGCUACCUGUGUACGUGUGCUGAGCGCUCUCCGAGUCUGUGUCGGGCGUCAGGUUUGGCACAACAACAAAAAAAAAGACAAGCAGCUGGUAGAGAUGUUUGACCACUGACUGUUGUGUGUUUGGUUUGAGCUCCGUUCUACUAUUGCUUCAGUAGGUAAAAACAAAAUGCAGUUCUCCUGUUAAAUUCUGUUCCUCCUGUUUUUUGUUGUUGUUAUUUUUCCUAGAAACACCACAUUUAUUUUCUUCUGUGUUGUCCUGAUGACAUCUUUGAUUCCUACUGUACUGUUUUUGUUUGUUUUGGUUUUUUUUGGUUUGGUUUGGUCACAUUUUGAAGAACGUCGCCUCUCGAAAUCGGCUGACUGCGCACCGAGCCCGGCCCAGGUGCGAGUCCGCUCACGUCGUACAUUUGAACCUGCCGUGUUUCCAAAUAGCAGGUUGACGUUCCUCUUGUAAGUUUAAGAUGAACUAAACCUCCCUCGGUGUCUUGUGUCUUUGCUGAGCUUGUGUCACUGUCGGGGAGAGUUCACAGAUUCCAGUUGAAAUAAGAGCCUUCGGGCUCGUUUUAAAGGACACUGUUAAACGGACAUCGACACUGACUCUGUAUUAUGUUUACAUGUCGUUUGUUCCUUUUAGUGUUUUGUCAAUGGAACUUGUUGCCUGUAGCAAUCAAACCUCCUCUGGCAGGCUGGGAUAAUUAUCAGCAAGGUGUCCGCGUGCGUAGGCGACUCCCGAUCGCUGUGUGGUGUGUUGAUAGUUUGUGCGACGGAGAGGUCGCCUGUGACGGAGGUUGUUAAGCGAGGAGGAAGGUUCGGCGCACAUAUGUCAGAGUCAUCUGCGCUCUUGUGCACGGCGCGCUCGUCGUCUUGCGGCGGAGCAGAAGUGCGUUGACGGGUGCGUCUGUGGAAUAGAUCAGUGGUGCCGAGGCUCGGGGAGAGGAAGCGGCUCCCAUCUUUUGAGCUGUUGACCUCGGAGGAUUUACCCGCAGUUUGCUCCGGGCCAAUCGGACAGUGGGGAAGCUGCUGAGCGGUGACUUCUCACUUCGAUGGCGUCAGACCUGAACGGAAUCGUUUUUGUCAAUCAACCCUCUGCGUUUGAUGUUACUCGUGCACGCAGCCCAGACUUCUCGCCUCUUAGUGUGGUAUGACCUGAAAAAUGAGAUGACUGACUCGCACUGCUCAGAAACCAAAGAGGUGGAUGGAAAAAAGAGGGAAUCAGUCUGCAGGUCAGAUUUGAGUGUGAACAUGGACAGAUUUUGAGGUUCUGCAGUACGCAAGGACAGAGUUGUGAGGUCGUAUGAAGCUCUGAGCCCAAAAGAGAAGUUUCGUCUGUAGUGAGCAACAAGUAGGGUCGAUGCUCGUUGUUGGUUCGGAUCCAGUUCCAGAGUGAGAUAAUAUCAGGAUUUGUAGUGAGGGCAACGAAGAUUCAGAUCUGAUAAUGCUAUCCACCCUGAAACCAAAAGAUUUCCUGCGUUCACUCUCUUCAAAGCCUCUUGAUCUCAGCUUCGACGGUUUUAUUCUGUUCAUGCAAAAGUGAGUUAGGGUUCAACCUGGAAAUACAGCAUGUCCCUGUUAAAGUCCACCUUCUAGAGUUUAGAGCCCAGAGUCUAGAGCUUCAUCGGCGUUUCGUUGUUUUAGAAG